CUCUCUGUGGUCAUUAUGGAGUAGAUUGGAUUGUUGGCGGAUGAGGGCGCUUCACCGCCAUUUGAAACACUGGGCUACGUCGCGUGUGUAUCUGUAACGGAGCAGCAGAUAAGACAAAAAUCCUUACUACGAAGGCUACGCAGACAUUGGGUAAUGGUAAAAUCCGUGAUCGGAGAGAUCUAACUGGGCCGAGCAGGCUGAAGUGAAGAAGCAGGACUUUUCGUGGCUGUUGGUGCUCACGCUGGCCAUCCGAUGACCAAGUUCUGAAAAGUCGAUCUGCGCUGUCUUUGCAGUUUUUCAGCUCGAGAUUACGAAAUAACAUCAUGGCUGUCUUGUCCUCUUCCUCCAAUAUCCUGCUCCUUCUCCUAAUUUCUUUCCUGGAUUGGCUGUGGACUCCAGGAUCUGCAUUUCUCAUGGGCCGAGACCACAUGACGUCAUCAGCUCCCGUUGAACCUCACAUCACAGAGUGCAUAUCGAGGAACCAGGAGACAUUCCGAUGUUGGUGGAGUCCAGGGAGCUUCCACAACCUGUCCUCCCCUGGAGCACUCAGAGUUUUCUACCUUAAGAAAGUCUUGCCCACCAGUGAAUGGAUGGAGUGUCCAGAGUACAUUUAUUCAAAUAGGGAGUGCUUCUUUGAUGUAAACCACACAUCCGUUUGGGUCCCCUACUGCCUGCAGCUCCGCAGCCAAAACCGCACCUUUUUCAAUGAGGAUGACUGUUUCACUGUGGAGAAUAUCGUACGUCCUGACCCACCAGUGUCUUCAAACUGGACCCUGCUGGAAAUAAGUCCCUCUGGGCUAAGUUAUGAUGUCAUGGUCAAUUGGGAGCCCCCACCCUCUGCAGACGUUGAGACGGGCUGGAUGCGCAUUGAGUAUGAGAUCCAGUACAGAGAGAGAAAUACCACAAACUGGGAAGCAUUGGAGAUUCAGCCGCACACACAGCAGACAAUCUACGGUCUGCACAUAGGAGAAGAGUACGAAGUGCACAUCCGCUGCAGGAUGCAGGCCUUCACUAAGUUUGGAGAUUUCAGCGACUCCAUCUUCAUUCAAGUGACUGAUAUUUCCAGCAAAGAGUCUACUUUCCCACUCACACUGGUUCUUUUCGGGAUUGUGGGCAUCCUCAUACUUAUCACGCUUAUUGUUGUCUUUCAGCAGCACAGAUUGAUGUUGAUUCUUUUGCCACCGGUUCCUGCACCCAAAAUUAAAGGCAUCGAUCCAGAGCUGUUAAAGAAGGGGAAGCUGGACGAGCUGAAUUUCAUCCUGAGUGGUGGAGGUAUGGGUGGCCUACCCACUUAUGCACAAGAAUACUACGAAAGCGAACCAUGGGUGGAAUUCAUAGAGGUGGUUGCUGAGGAUGCAGAUACUAGAGAGAAGGACAACCAGGGCUCAGACACCCAGAGGCUCCUAUCCCAACGCAUCAGCCACCACAUGGACAUAAGCUUUCCUGAUGAUGACUCAGGCCGGGCCAGCUGUUAUAACCCAGAUCUGCCUGACCAAGACACCCUAAUGCUGAUGGCCACCCUGCUGCCAGGCCAACCGGAGGACAGAGAAGCCUCCUUCAAUGUUGUAGAAAGAGCCCCAGCCACAGAAAGAGGCGAGAGGCCCCUGGUCCAAACUCAAACUGGAGGGCCCCAGACUUGGGUCAACACAGACUUCUAUGCGCAAGUCAGCAAUGUGAUGCCCUCCGGUGGCGUGGUACUGUCUCCUGGCCAGCAACUCAGAAUCCAGGAGAGCGCCUUAGCCACAGAGGAGAAAACACAAAAGAAGGAAAAAAAGCACAAAUGGAGUGAAGACACUGAGGACAAUAAGCAGAAGGAGCUGCAGUUUCAGCUGCUGGUAGUGGAUCCAGAAGGAAGCGGCUACACUACAGAGAGCAACGCCCGGCAGAUCAGCACUCCUCCUAGCUCCCCCAUGCCUGUCGAGGUUUAUCAAACCAUACACCCUCAGCCAGUGGAGACCAAACCUGCAGCCACAGCAGAGGAUAAUCAAUCACCUUACAUUCUUCCUGACUCUCCCCAAUCCCAGUUCUUUGCCCCUGUUGCAGACUACACAGUGGUACAGGAAGUGGACAGUCAACACAGUCUGCUUCUCAACCCACCCCCCCAGUCUCCCCCUCCCUGCCUGCCACAGCACCCACUCAAGGCCAUACCUGCUAUGCCUGUGGGGUACAUCACCCCAGACCUGCUGGGGAACCUCUCACCCUAAAAUGACAAUGCCAGCAGGCCUUUUAAGGACCAUGAAGUCCCUAGCAGUCACAAAAGCCUGUUCCUACCUGAUUCCUGCUGGAAACCAAAUAACUUG